UUAACACAGAAUAUCAAAAAAGAAAUUGAUCGCAGUUUUAUUUCCACAUAGCUCUUAACCAAUUAUUCUAUCUCUCUAUCUUUGCGCAUUGUUACUGCUGCCGCUGAUGCUGCUACUUGAACCGUAGCACCAUUUUGUAACGGCCAUGAAUAUUUUGUAAACAAAUCGUUUUCAGGAUGCGUUAGAUGAUUGAAUUUCACAAGAGCAACGGCAAGGCGCAUGCGCUUCCGAAAAAUUGAUGAUGUACGCGUUAAAUGAAAACGUCACUCACUGGUGAGGCAAGCAUAUAGACAACAAUCGAAAUUUUUGGGUCACACAGAAAAAAAAAACAGGGAACAACACACGAAACUGCAUCGAAAACAAGUGCAACGAAUUUUUGUUGACUGUGUUUGUUUUUUUUCUCUCGGAGGAGUCUCGUUGCAAUGGAAGCUCGUUAGUGGUUUUUCGUAUCCAAACGAUAGAAGAAGAAAGAAAAAAAUAGAAUUUAUUUUGGAAUUUUAUCCGUUUUUUCGACGUAAGCACAUGGCAUUGUGUUUAACUUAUUUAGUAUUCGCUUCAAAGUACACGACAUUCCGUUCAACACAGAGACUGUGAGACGGAUGUUCAACGGAAUUAUUCAACAAUCAAUAGUUUGACAUCAUCGCAAUUAAACUGAGGCAAAGAGAAGAAAAUUUCGAAAAAGAAAAGAUAAAAAAAAACAGAACUAAACGCGUUACCGAAUAAGUUUGAGAAUAAAUUUGCACGAAUCUAUCUGUUGUGAGAAAUUCCAAUUUCAUUCUGAGUCCAGAAGGCAAUACGAUACACGUUGUAUGUUGUUCUAGAUAAACAGAACCCAGUCAAAGUACACACAUCGAUUGUAUUCGAUGUGAGAACAGAGCGAGCGAGUGAAACAGAGAAAAAGAAUAAACACGUAGACUUCACACUGAAUUCGGCUUUCUAUUGAUGAUAACAGCAAUAUUUGUGUCGUCAGUUUUUUUUUUCUUUUCGUAAAAAAAAGCGUACACAUUACCAGAACACAAGGCAAUAAAAUAAAAGAAAAGCAAGCAAAUACAACACGUAAUGAACAAUUUUGAUAACAAACACAUUUUCAAGAUACGUAUAGAUAUAUGCAGCGUGUCAUAUGAACUUGUGGCUGGAUUUUAAAAACGAAACUGAUAAGCCACGGUCAGUUAAACGAAGCUAAACGAACUGAGUAGAGUAGCGAGCGCUUCCUGGAAACAUACAAAAACAGCACCAUUGAAUCGAAGUGACUAUAGAGUGGUGAUCAUUUGCAUCGAGUACAUCAUUUCAGUAAAUGCAAGCAAUCGAGUUAGGCGUUUUCGUUUUGAAAGGAAAAAGAGAAAAAAAAAUAACGCAACCAUCACGUUUUUGAAAAACAAAAUUAUUUAAUCGACUAAAUUUACAGUACACAAUUCUGCGUCAACGUCAUUAAAUAACUGUUUCCGUUGUAGUGUCCGCUGAAAUCGUGCGGGUUGAAAAUUGAGUGAAGACAUAACAACGAAUUUGUUUGCGUUUCCAAAUUGAAAAUAAUGUCAUUGACAAUUUUAGUGACUGGUGGAGCUGGCUACGUGGGAUCACAUACUGUGCUUGAAUUGCUGAACGCCGGCCACAAUGUGAUUUCUAUUGAUAAUUUGCAUAAUGCAUACAAAGAAUCGACAAAAACAUUGCCCGAAUCGUUGCGCCGUGUUCAAGCGCUGACGGGCAAAACGAUUGUGUUCUAUGAAAUGAAUAUAUGUGAUCAGGCCGCAUUGACGGAUCUAUUCAAACGCCAUAAAAUCGAUGUGGUUGCCCAUUUUGCAGCAUUAAAAGCAGUUGGCGAAUCAUGCCGUUUGCCAUUGAAAUACUAUCAAAAUAAUGUGAGUGGUACGAGCAUUUUGCUGGAAACAAUGGCCGCUGCCAAUGUUUUCAAUUUUCUGUACAGUUCGAGUGCAACGGUGUACGGUGAUCCGAUUUCAUUGCCAAUCAAAGAGUCGCAUCCAACGGGCAAUUGCACCAACCCAUACGGCAAAAGUAAAUAUUUUACGGAAGAAAUUCUAAAGGAUUUAAGUGCAUCGGAUAAGCGUUGGAAUGUGAUUUCAUUGCGUUACUUUAAUCCGGUGGGUGCUCAUCCAUCGGGGCGAAUUGGUGAAGAUCCAAAUGGUGAACCAAACAAUUUGAUGCCAUACAUUGCUCAAGUGGCCGUUGGCAAACGACCCAAAUUAAAAGUGUUCGGCAGUGAUUAUGAUACGCCCGAUGGUACGGGUGUUCGGGAUUAUAUUCAUAUCGUUGAUUUGGCCGAAGGUCAUUUGUAUGCCAUCAAUAAAAUUGCCAAAAAGCAAAUUAAAGGCUUUGUUACGUACAAUUUGGGCACUGGAGUGGGAUACUCGGUAUUGGACAUGGUCAAAGCAUUUGAAAAGGCAUCAGGACGUGAAAUUGCAUAUAAUUUGGUUGAACGACGACCAGGUGACAUUGCCACAUCAUUUGCCGACGCAUCAUUGGCCAAAGACGAAUUGGGCUGGACGGCCAAACGUGGACUCGACGAAAUGUGCACCGACUCAUGGCGUUGGCAACACAACAAUCCAAAUGGUUUUAAAUAAAGAAAAUUUCAUUUGAAAUGAAACCAAACUAAAAAAGAAAAAAAAAAACAAAUUAGCAAUAUUUCCAGAACUUAUUCCACACAAACCCACAAUUUUACCAACUUAUUGAUAACGAAGGGAAAAAAAACCAAACAAACUCGUGCCAAUCAUUAUUAUCAGCAACACCGGCAUUAUAGCAAUAAUAAUAAUAAUUCUCUGUAUCUAAUAAUAUCUGCAUUUAAAAUAAAAAGAAGAAGAAGAAAAUGAGGUUUGCAACCAACCAAAAAAUAAGUCAAUAGACAAAAUAACAAAACAAAAAAAGUAUUGAACACCUUGUAAAAACUUCUAUAUCUCAGUUAAAACAUUCAGGUUCGUUGAUUGUGAAAAUUGUAAAUUGAUAAUAUAUAAAAUCCGUUUUUGUUCUUGUUCUUCUCUAUUACAGUAAUGUUCUGUCAUUUGUUUUGUUUUUUGCUGUAGAUAUGUUUAAAUUGGAUGAAUAAAUAGUAGAGAUUACAA